UCACUCUUCCACUUCACAUUUGUUUUCAUUUCUGGAUUUGUACACAAAACAGAGACGCUAUGGCUGUCAUCUUCCCUGACUCGCAACCCAGCACCCCUCUUCAGGACCCUCUCUUGCCCUGGCUCUGGUCGGUAAAGCAAGCUCUUGAGGAUUGGAACUCCGGAAAAGAAUCCGGGUCUGAUCUCACCAAGCUUCUGUCAGAUUGCAUCGCUGCAUUCAAGGACAAUGAUCAGUACCGAGACGACAUCAGAUUCCUCAAGAUUUGGUUCUUUUAUAUGGAUUUCAGUGAAGAUUUUGGAAGCGUUUUUCAGAAAAUGUGCGAGAGUAAGAUUUGUGUUGGAAACGCUUUGCUUUAUAUCUGGUAUGCAUCCUUUCUCGAAUCCAAAGGAAAAUUAUACGAUGCGAGCAUGGUUUAUCAGAUGGGUAUUUCGAGGAAUGCUAAACCAGUUGAGUGGGUGAAGAAGGCACAUGCCUUGUUUCUUGAAAGGAUGUCUGAAAUAGUUUCUUCAGCUCAGACUAUUGGCAAUGAUGAAUCGAUUACAUUUGGGAGCCUCACUAACCCAUGGUCCAGCUCCACCAUGAAAGUCUUAUUAAAGAAAAUUAAUCAUGAACUUAUGAAAUAUGAUGGAUACCAGUGUACUACUAAACCUUACCCAGGAAAAGUGCCGUUGUCUUCUCUGAAGAACUCGUCAAGGAACAAGACAAUUGAGAUAGGUCGUACAAAGUACCAGAUCAUAGGUUGUGCAGGCCAGGGUGGUUUUGCUCAAGUGUAUAAAGCAUAUGUCAGCUGUAAUCCUGAUGAUGUUGUUGCAUUGAAGAUACAAAAGCCUGCUUUCCCUUGGGAGUUCUAUAUGUAUCGUCAACUGAAUCAACGGAUCUCAGACAAGGAAAGGUCAAGCUUUGGUCUCGCUCAUAGAAUGCAUCUCUAUUCUGACUGUAGCAUACUUGUCUGCGAUUAUCUUGGUAAUGGAACACUUCAGGAUGCAAUAAACUCAUUUGCCGUUAUUGGCAAGUCCAUGGAAGAAGUGUUAUGCAUUUAUUACACCAUAGAAAUGCUCUAUAUGCUAGAAACUCUGCAUGGUGUUGGCAUCAUUCAUGGAGAUUUCAAGCCUGAUAAUUUGCUUAUUCGUUAUGCUAGGGAUGGCAUUACAAAAACUGGAUCUCGCUACGGAAAUGACCUUAAAAAAGAUGGAUUUCGUGACAGAAGUGGUCCUUGGCAUGAUCAGGGUCUUUGCCUUGUCGACUGGGGCAGAGGGAUAGAUAUGCAUCUCUUUCCUGACAAUAUGGAGUUUAAGGGAGAUUGCCGGACUUCUGGAUUUCGUUGUGUAGAGAUGCAAGAGAACAGGCCAUGGACAUUUCAGGUAGACACAUAUGGCCUCUGUGUUGUUGUCCAUAUGAUGCUGCAUAAUUCUUACAUGGAGAUUGAAAAGAAACUAUCACCUGAAGGGGGUUACAUUUAUCAACCCAAGUCAUCUUUGAAAAGAUAUUGGAAUGGUGAACUCUGGAGGAAUUUAUUUAAGAAACUGCUUAACAGUAGCCCCGGCGGUAAUGACAAGAAGUUGUUGCAGGAUUUGAGGGAGUCCUUCCAGGAUUACAUGUGCUCAGACCCUCAGCUUAUAAAGAAACUAAGCGAAUUACUGGUUAAGCAAAGGGCCUCAUUGUGUGCUUAGUGACCCCAUCAUCCCUCCUGAUUUUCUGUUCUUGAAACCUUUGAUUAUAUUGGCUGUUCAAGCAAAAGAAAUUUAGAAGAUGAACUUUUUUUUCUUUUUUUUUUUUCAAGUCAAGCUCAUCUCUGGAGCAUCUGUAAAUUCAAGUGCCAAACUUUGUCUGAAGAUGUGCACAUAUGUAAUUUGUAAAGUUGUAUGUUUGUAUCCGAAGAACGAAGAUGUAUGCUUGCAUGUGUUGAAGUAACGGAG